GCCUCUAAAAAAUCAAUGAGUCCAGCCGGCGAGGAGAGUUGUGCCAGCGCAAUCCCUUCGAGUCGUAUCGGAGACGUGCUCGGCGUGUCCCUUAGGAACUUAGCACUUUUACCUUUUAAAUUUCUCUAUUAUCUCAACAAAAAAGAUGUAACAACAUCGAAUUGCGAAAUGCCGGGUCAGGAAGACAUGGAUCUUUGCACCGACAAAGUCCUAUCCAAGAGUAGAAUUCUUCAAGAAUUAACAAAAGCCGUCAAAUUGGUAUACGCUCAGAGUCUGUAUGGUACCGUGGUCUUGGAUGGAGAAUCCUGGCUUGUUUAUUGGCUAGAUCGAGCACUGAGACAUGGUUUACGCACAGAAAGACACGGAUACUGGGGUACGGCAAGAGAACUAAGUCAUCAGGAUACUGUUGUAGUGAUACAUGCGCUCCAAAAUGUACUAACUUCCAUAGGAAAAGGUAGAGCAUGGUUAUAUCAUACCCUCAGCGAAGGCAGCUUUGAAAGUUAUUUAGCCUGCUUACUACGGGAUACUAAAACCUUAAAGAAACAGUACCAUACACAUGCACUUGUUCGUGAUGCAGAUAAGACAAACCAACUUGUAAAUCUCCUUGCUGGAUUAGAAAAUGUCUCCUUCACUUUACAACUAGAUGUGACAUAUUUGGAUUUUUGCAAUUAUAUGCCACAAAGGCCUAUGAGCAUAAACUCUUCUGGAACUGUAUUAUCUUUACAUCUAAGAUCUUCUAGUGUAUGCUCGAGCUUAGCCUCUCCCGGAGAUAGUGGUGUUGCAUUCGAUAGUGACAUGGACCUAGCGAAUGAAACUGAUGCCAGCAGUUAUAAAGAAGAAGAUUCUUCUAUGGAUGAUAUCCCAGAUUAUCGAAAUAACAGAUACAAAGUUAUUAUUAACAACUGUAUACAAGAGAACAAGAAUUUUAGCUCGAGUGAUUCUAGCGAGGAUGGAAAAACACCAAUGCAGUCUCCUGCAGUUAGCAAAUUUCAAAAUGUGAUUAUGACAAAGAGCGACAUAGCUAAUCAAAAUUUAACUAGAAAACUCGAAGAUAACGAACUCAACUGUUCGAGUUUGGACACUUUGAAAGGCUACGAUUUUUACAGCAGAAGUCUUGAUACGGUUCACUUGGAUGCUGUUAAUAAUAAAUGCGAUAAUGGAAUCAAAGAAAUAAAUAAAAGGAGCAGCUAUUACGGGGACGGCAGUUAUAGUUUCAAGAAGAACAUAGAUCCUCGUAAUUCUUAUGUGAUUAAUAAUGAUACUAAUCUCUUGGAAUUGAGCAUGACCAUUUCUGAUUGUGAUAAUAUAGAGCCUCCUUAUGGUAUUUUGAACACACUUAGUAUGGCAGAUGCUAGCAUUCUGUCAACUUCUAGUUCUGAAGCCAUAGUACAACGUAGACAACGUAAGAAGAAACGUGGUGAAAGCAAAAAACGUGUUAGUUUUCACGAAGAUAUUCUAAAAUCAAUUAAAUUAGAUGAAGACGAAAGCUUUGCUGAUUUCUCCAUGAGCUUUCUAACGCCGAACUCGAUUCAAAAGAAGGAUGCUCAGAAGGGACGUUACAGUUGGUGCGGCCACGGAGAUUCUCCUUAUGUUCAGAAAAGUACCAAUACAAGAAACGCGCAUUCUGAUUAUUAUUCUUUUUCGUCUUCAUCGAGCGUAUUCGACAGUGAUCUUGAGAAAAAAGGAGUAGAAAAGUUGUGCAACCAAACCUUGUGCCAGAAAAAUUGUAAAUGUUCUUGUGGUCUAUCUUUACCAGAACGUGGUUCACCGGAAGGACAAGAGGAUCCUGCUAAAAGUUUAAGACCAAAAAUGGAGAUAGAAUUAGAAGAGAACGAAGCACAAGAAGCAUAUAUCAUUGAAAAACAAUACGGCAAUAUUGUCGAAGAUCCACCAGUAAAAGUAGAAAUGCCAAGACCGUUAAACAUUAAGAAAUAUGCCAGUUCUAGUGAUUGGUCCGAUGUAGAGAGCGUUACAACUUCCGAUUUAGAAGAACGUAAGAUUAAUAGGCACUUAGCUUCGCCAUCUAAAAAACGUAACAUGACCUCGAUAUUAACGGGUGAAAGUAGCAAUAAAUUAUUGGCACCUCCUUUACGACAAGCACCAUCUAAAACGUCAUUGUUGAGUAGAUUUUUGAGAUCUAUUACGGAAAGAAAAUUUGAAAAUAAGAAAACAAUAAAGCAACAGAAGGCUAAUCCCUUAUAUAUCAAGGGAGUCAAAGCUAAUUAUGAUUCCUUCAAAGAUUUUAAUGAUAAUCUUGAGAGAGAAAUACAAGAGAAUGUUGCUGCAGAAAAACAAGAAUUUAGCGGAGAGAAAAUAAGCCUAAAAUUGCGAGAAACCUUUAAGAAACAUAUUUACAGAGACAAGACAGAAGAAUUGUAUAAAGUUUAUAAAGUUAGAAGUUCAUACAUGACAAAUGGAGAAAGCAAGCCUAUGAUCGCGUUACUAACAGAUAAAACAUUAUAUUUAACUGGCUCAAAAAUGGAUCAUUCGUACAGUAAUCAAUUCGUAAUUCCUUACAACGAGCUAGAUGUUAUAAUGAUUGGACCAAAUGCACAAACGAUUUUAAUCUCCAACGCUGAUUAUGAGAUGCAGUAUUUAUUUUCUACUGGCAAUUCACAAACCACUUCUGAAUUAAUUACACACUUGGAAAUAGCUAUGAGAAGAUCACCAUCAAAACCUCAAUUGCCAGCUGUAAAAGAACUAAGUUACGAAGACAUGCAUAAUUUGAAGCAAUCGAUAUUAUCCGAUACUGCUGUACAUCCUGAUGAAAAAAUAGAACAUUACAGUCUUAUUUAUAUGGAGGAUGAACACAUGUCUCCUCCAAGUACACCAUGUGGACCUACCAAGGAAGGAGAUCUUAUGUUUAGACCUCAUACUUAUCAGCAAAUACAUCCCAAUGCACCAAUAAAUCCUUGGGAAGCUGGAUAUUUUGUUCUUAAAGGCGGUGUAGUUUACAUGUUUACAGAUUCAAAUCAACGCCUUCCUAAACGUGCCAUUCCAUUAAAAGGUGGCCUGUGUCAAGGUUGCAGAAGAAUUCCCAACUCACAUAGACCGCAUACAUUUGAAAUACUUUUGAAACCAAACAAAGCGUUUCAAUUUGCUGCACCAGAUGAAUAUGUUGCUUCUGAAUGGUUGCAAAGUUUUGUCCAGAGUGCAUCUGGUUUAUUUGAUUGUUCAGAUAAGAGGGAGCCUAUGCCUUGUAGUCUUAUCACGACUACCAGACAUUUAGUUGCUAUGAAAGAAGUAUAUCCAGGUACUCAACGCAAUCAAACAUUAUCCUGUGCUUCUGUGGAAGAUUUAACAGCAUUCAGAGUACCCUUACCUGAACAAUCUUGGUGUAUAUUGGAAUUCGCAUGCCGGGAGGUUCACGAAAGUAGCGGUGAUUGGGUUAUAUAUUUUACUAAUUAUACAGAGCUCUGUACCUUUAGAGAGAUAUUACAAACAUUAUGGGCCGAUGCGGAUUUGGGUGAAUUUCCUAUGGUUACGCUUCCUCCAGAAGAUAAACUUCAUCGACGCUGUUCGGAUGCUAGUAAAGAUUUAGAAUAUGCUUGGCAAUAUUUAUUACCGUCAACAGUCGAAUAAACAGUAAAGUGUAUCAAUAGACACACGAUAGAAAUACCUUUAAAAACAAAUAUUUUACUUUAACUCCUGAUAAAGAAAAAAAAAAACAAAGAAUUGCAUAUUGAUAACCUACAAGGUAAUAUCGAAAAAAUCGAAAAUAAUGAAUUUUACUUUUAAUGGUAUAAUACACUACACGUUUAAGUGUUAUGUUACUAAGAAGUAGCAUACUAUACUGAAAUUACAACGUACAUGUUAUAUUUUAGUUUUAAAUUAAAUUGAAAAUUUGAGUAAUGUAUUAAAUGUUUAGGUUGCCUGAUUUUAACUUAGUAAUUUUAAAUGAUAUUAAUUAAUUGUGCCACGUGCACAAAGUGGUGCAAUUUAUUGUCUCUUAGUAUAAAUUUUCCUAAUUAUUUACUAGUAAUUUAUAUUGGUAUGUGAAUUGUAAUAUAUUGGCAAUUGUGAAGGAUUGUGUUAAAUCACAUGUAUGAGUGUCUAUGUACUCACAUUUAUCUAAGAAAAUAGGAUAAUGAAUAUGCACUAACUGCAAUGAAAAUUAAUUAUCUUUGAGAAAAUGUUCUCUAAACAAAAAAGGGAACAGAAAUUAUAAGCUUAAAUUAAAUUUGCAAAAAUUAAUCUAAUACUCUGUAUACCGCUUGAUAUACGAUGAGUAUAUAACGAAUGAUUAACAUUCCUAAUACAGGUACAGAUAACAGAGCUUUCUAAUCUUAUUCUUACAAUCGUACCUUCUUAUUUACAAACGCUAUUGUAUAAUAUCUUAACUUUUCAUUAGGUUAUAAUUUUCCACGAAGAUUGCUUGAAACAUUUAAAAAUGUAAAGGUUACGUAUAUGAUCUCAAACAUAAGAUUUAAAUGCUUUACGUUAACGCUAUUGGAUUAAAUGGUUUAAGAAAGAGACUUCACGAAUCAUUAUGGAGCUGUAAUGGUCAAAUCUUGUGAAGUAUCGUGGCAAGACAAAUAAUAAAACAGUUGUAUAUUAU